GAAAUUAAAGAAACCGAGAUUCCCCGGAGCACUGGCUAGAACAGAGUGGAGCGGUGAUAAUUAACAGGAUGCCCCCAAUCGUUUAAACAGGGACCGACUGGAUCUUUUAAUCGGGGGGGGUCACGGUACUGGAUUUAACGGGGUGUGAGCGGGAUCAAAGCUUUGGAUGCGGUGCGGACCGGGGACCAGACCGGAUCUGAAGGUCGUUGUUCGGCGUGAUUAUGAAGCCUUGCACACAUAGGCUUGGGACGGAGACCCUUGGAUAGCAUAUCUGGAGCUGUGCGUAGGCUGCAUUCAGAGAGGGCUUCGAAAAGCAGAGGUGGAACCAUGUCGGUGAUGAUGGUGAGGAAGAAGGUUACGCGGAAAUGGGAGAAGCUUCCGGGGAAGAACACGUUCUGCUGCGAUGGCCGGGUGAUGAUGGCCAGGCAGAAAGGCAUCUUCUAUCUAACGUUGAUUCUUAUACUGGGCACGUGUUCUCUCUUCUUUGCUUUUGAGUGUCGUUACCUAGCAGUCCACCUCUCUCCAGCAAUCCCGGUUUUUGCAGCCGUGCUCUUCCUUUUUUCUAUGGCCACCUUGCUGCGGACGAGUUUCAGUGAUCCCGGCGUUAUACCGCGCGCCCUGCCCGACGAAGCAGCCUUCAUUGAAAUGGAGAUAGAGGCAGCCAAUGGGAAUGUCCCCCAGGGUCAACGGCCACCACCUCGCAUAAAAAACGUCCAAAUAAACAAUCAGAUUGUGAAGCUGAAAUACUGUUACACUUGCAAAAUCUUCCGUCCUCCCCGUGCCUCGCACUGCAGUAUCUGUGAUAACUGCGUGGAGCGCUUCGACCAUCAUUGUCCAUGGGUUGGAAACUGUGUUGGAAAGAGGAAUUAUCGGUAUUUCUACCUCUUCAUUCUGUCUUUGUCCCUUCUGACCAUUUACAUCUUCUCCUUCAACAUUGUAUAUGUUGCUCUAAAUACUUUGCAAGUUGGUUUCUUGAAUACAAUCAAAGAAAGCCCAGGGACUGUUCUGGAGGUCUUCAUUUGCUUCUUCACACUGUGGUCCGUCGUAGGAUUAACUGGCUUCCACACAUUCUUGGUUUCCUUGAAUCAGACAACCAAUGAGGAUAUAAAAGGCUCCUGGACUGGUAAAAACAGAGUUCAGAACCCAUACAGUCAUGGAAAUCUGGUGAAGAACUGUUGUGAAGUUCUUUGUGGGCCUGUCCAGCCAAGUGUGCUUGACAGAAGAGGAAUAUUGCAGGAGCCGACUGGGCAUCAGGGGCAAUCCGAACAGGAAAAUUGCACCUCACAGCAGGAUCCGGUUGUUGCCGCUGCUAAGCUGACGUCCACUGAACCGGCUGAAAAUCCCGGUCCCCAAGAGGAUAAGCCACCGCAGAACGCUAUUGAGAUGUCUGUUCAGAUGCCCGAAGAUCCAGCUGAAACGAAGGAGAGUGAAAAGUAGAGGCACCCGCUUCCUUAAAAUGAAAAGGCCAAUGAUCAAGAUAUCAGAAGAGUAACAGGAAAGUGACAGCUGGUUCCAUAUGCCAUUUUUCUUUAGUAUAUGCUUGUGUUAAUUAUGACGGUGAUGUGUUGUGGGAUGGAAAGUCCUCUUUACUGGCCUGGGGAAUUAAAGGUCAUUUGAACAGACUUCAGGUAUUAGAUGAAUACGCCAAUGACAUGCGUUGGAAAAGUUUGGUAAAGCAAAGACGUUGGCCCAAUGGGGCCGUGCAUUUUUCCCUCAAUGGAGCUGGUUCUUCAAAAACGUAUCUGAUCCUCGCAUUUAUUCUACGUGCCCUUGGGGAAUAAAUGAAAGUGGACGUUCCCCGUUGGAAUGGACGUUGCGAAGUUGUAGUCCAUCAGAUGGGGAGCGGUUCUUUUGUAUACUCGCAACGUUGUGUCAUAUAAUUGACACCUUAACAAAAGAAAUAUGCAUCGCUUUUUUUAUUUUGCUAGCCAUGCCUAAUUGCAAGAGGCGGCGCGGACAACGCUCCCGGUUCCUUAGUCCUCUAUAUAUCAAGAGGAUCGGAACAUGGUGUUACUGAUGAAUACUUUGAACUAAAGCUCUUCCCCAAUCAGAUGAAUCCAGCGUUACACUAAUAAUAAUAUACACCAUCCCUUUUCUUGUAUUUAUGAAAAUGGGGUAAAUGUUUAAGGUUUUUGUCAUGUGGUCAUUUCAAUAUUCUCCUUUUUUUUAUAUUGUUUAAUUAUAGAAGAUAGAGUUAGUGAUGCUGCAGCCACACACAAUUAUUUGUAGGAAUAGGAACUGUAGAGGCCAGUAAAUGGCAAUUUUUGUACCCAACGCAUUUGGGGGUUUUCUGUGCAUCUCUCAUAAAUUGCAAAAAAAAAAGAA